GCAUUUUUUACUAGACUGGAUUUUAAUUUUAAUUCAAAUUCAUAGAAGCUGUAUAAUCAAGAUGCUAUCCAUUCAUCCAUCUCUAUGGGACUCGAUAGUAUAUAAGGUGCUUUAGUUGCUCUGCCUGUCUACCUAUUCCAAUGCACCUAAAUAUUUCAGUCUAUUGAAUAAAUUCGUGUACCAAAUAAUGAAUGUUGCUAGAUCGAUGAUGGUAAUUUUCAUCGACAACUAUUGAUCUCACAAACAAGGCGCUGGUCUGAAUUCUGAUUCAAAUCUCCAGCAUUGAGGGACUAAAAUGUAAUCUUUACUUGAGCUUCUCAUAACUGUGGUCUCCAACUUGAGGUUUGUUUAUAAGGAAUGUGCGUUUAUCUGACGUGACCCGCUGUGACGUCAGACGUGACCCGCUGUGACGUCAGACGUGACCCGCUGUGGCGUCAGACGUGACCCGCUGUGACGUCAGACGUGACUCGCUGUGACGUCAGACGUGACCCGCGGGGAUGUCCGACUCGUGGAGGCUAGCUAUGAUCCUGGCUGUGCUACUGGCAGCCAUAGGGGUAUUGCUGCAUGCCAUAGGGGUGGUGACCCCAGGUUGGUCCGUCUACCCCCCGCUCAAGACGGCCUACGGUCUGUGGUCCCAGUGUGCCGCCUCUGUCUGUGUGAGCAUCGUGGGGAGCUCCUUCAAUACAGCCAGUUACCAGGCGUGUCAGGCCCUGUCAAUCAUCGGGUUGCUCCAGGGGACAACCGGGGUUGUCGUGUCAGGGGUGCACAUCGUCAGGUCACUCAUGGAUAAAGACACGAUCACUUUGCUCCCAAAGCUGUCAGCGGCUGCAUGUUUCGCUUCGUUCACGGCCAUCACCAUUCUGAUCAUCGUCUGGGGUGUGGACGUCCACUCGACCUACGAACAGGCGGGCUUUGAUGUCGGCUACUCGGCUUUUCUUUGCAUCGCUGGGGCUGUGCUUCUGGCCCUGGGGGGCGGGGCCAUGCUGUGUGCCAACCGGCUGGAUUCACAGACUUUCUAAAAAAAAUUGGUCUGACGGCUGUUUGAAUACUGUUUCAAAUGGCACUCAAAAAUAUUUUGUCUCACUUCUGUGCUGUUUGAGUACUGAUUCAAAUGGCACCCCCAGUUUACAUGGAUAUAAUUUGUUUUCAUAUAAAUUGUUUUAAAUUUCAUAACUACUAUGCACUUUCUGUGUUAAG